AUGCACGACAAAAUGUCACCGGGGCUCAAGACUUAUUUCAAAACCCCAGAAGGACGUUAUAAGCUACAUUACGAGAAGACUCACCCUUCAGGUCUCCUUCAUUAUGCUCAUGGCAAAACCAUCACUCAGGACUAUUUUAUUUCAAAUUUAUUAACGUGUAUUUCUGGAAGGUGUUUGGUUGAUUCUCACGUUCUGGGAUUUUCUAAAAAGUCCAUGGGUCAUUGGGGUCUUCGAUUAAGAUUAAUAUAUAGUAGUAAUAAUAGGAUUGGGUCAUUGGGGUCUUUGAGUUCUAGUAAUUCAAUGGGUAAUUCAAACUUCGAUGGUAAAGGUUCUUAUUUGGUCUUCAAUGUUGGAGAUGCUAUCUUUAUAAGCGAUAUGAAUUCUCAAGACAAGGUAGUUUGGUAUUUUAGUUAGUUGAGUGGUCAAACAAUGAAAUUUGAAAUUUAUGUUAGUUAGUUCAGUCUUUUUUUUUUUUGUUACAAUUUCUUGGCAACCAAAUGGUGUUGAA